AUGUCUUCUGGUUCUCACGCAGCCACCAUACAGGAAUCUAUAAAACAUGGACUUACAUCAGCUGGUGCUGGUGUCGCGGACGGACACGGAGCCCCCAGCCCGGCCCGCAGCCGCCUUGUCAUGCUACCCAAAGUGGAAACGGAGGCCCUGGGACUCGCCCGGUCGAAUGGGGAACAGGGGCAGAUGCCGGAAAACAUGCAAGUGUCUCAGUUUAAAAUGGUGAAUUACUCUUAUGAUGAAGACCUUGAAGAGCUGUGUCCAGUCUGUGGAGACAAAGUCUCUGGGUACCAUUAUGGACUUCUCACCUGUGAAAGCUGCAAGGGAUUCUUUAAGCGAACAGUCCAGAAUAACAAAAGGUACACAUGUAUAGAAAAUCAGAAUUGCCAGAUUGACAAAACACAGCGAAAACGAUGUCCUUACUGUCGAUUUCAAAAAUGUCUAAGUGUUGGAAUGAAAUUGGAAGCUGUGCGAGCUGACCGAAUGCGUGGCGGUCGAAACAAGUUUGGACCAAUGUACAAGAGAGACAGGGCAUUGAAGCAGCAGAAGAAAGCUCUUAUCCGAGCCAAUGGACUGAAACUGGAAGCCAUGACUCAGGUGAUCCAAGCAAUGCCAACUGACCUGACAAUAUCCUCUGCAAUCCAGAACAUCCAUUCAGCUUCUAAAGGCCUACCUCUGAACCAUACUGCCUUGCCUCCUACAGACUAUGACAGGAGUCCCUUUGUGACCUCUCCCAUCAGCAUGACAAUGCCACCCCACGGCAGUUUGCAAGGCUACCAAACCUAUGGCCACUUUCCAAGCCGUGCUAUCAAGUCCGAGUACCCUGACCCUUACACCAGCUCACCAGAGUCAAUAAUGGGCUACUCAUACAUGGAUAGUUAUCAAACAAGCUCACCAGCCAGUAUCCCACAUCUGAUAUUGGAACUCCUGAAAUGUGAGCCUGAUGAGCCACAAGUCCAAGCUAAAAUCAUGGCAUAUCUGCAGCAAGAGCAAGCCAACAGAAGCAAACAUGAGAAGCUCAACACAUUCGGGCUUAUGUGCAAAAUGGCUGACCAAACCCUCUUCUCCAUUGUUGAGUGGGCGAGGAGUAGCAUCUUCUUUAGAGAACUUAAGGUUGAUGACCAAAUGAAGUUGCUUCAGAACUGCUGGAGCGAACUCUUAAUUCUGGAUCACAUUUACCGGCAAGUGGUACAUGGGAAAGAAGGCUCCAUCCUUCUGGUUACUGGGCAACAAGUGGAUUAUUCUGUAAUAGCAUCCCAAGCUGGAGCCACCCUCAACAAUCUUAUGAGCCAUGCACAAGAACUGGUAGCAAAGCUUCGUUCUCUGCAGUUUGACCUACGAGAAUUUGUCUGUCUCAAAUUCCUGGUGCUGUUUAGUUUAGAUGUCAAAAACCUCGAGAACUUCCAGCUUGUGGAAGGUGUUCAGGAACAAGUGAAUGCUGCUCUGCUGGACUACACCAUGUGUAACUAUCCACAGCAAACAGACAAAUUUGGGCAGCUUCUCCUGCGACUACCAGAAAUCCGAGCCAUCAGUAUGCAGGCCGAAGAAUACCUCUACUACAAACACCUGAACGGGGAUGUGCCGUGUAAUAACCUUCUCAUUGAGAUGCUGCAUGCAAAGAGAGCAUAA